AUGAUAAUUUAAAAAAAAAAUUCUUUCUCCUUUUUUCCUAUAAUAUAUAUUUUAUCUCUUUUUAUAUAAAUUUGAUAAAGAAAAAAAAUGACAGAUAAGAAAGCUCCACUAUCAAUAGACUCACCACCCAUUAUUCAUCACCGACCGACAUCCAUCAGUGAAGAUUAUGAAUAUGCUGUUUAUCAACCAGAACAAACAAUCUAUGGUCAUUCUCUUCAUUCACCUGUCACUGUAGUGAUGCGUUGUCAUGAAGGGUUUGAAUGGAACGAAGCAUUGUUUGUAAGCGAAUACCGCCAAGGAAGAGGACGACGACAUAAAAGUAGGACCCGCACUUCUAUGGAAGCUAGGAUUCAACACGAGAUCACCAUUACCUCAUCAUCAAAACCCAAAGACGAUCGAGUCUUGACUUUGGAAUUAACAAGUAGUGAUAAAGAUAUUUUACCUUGAAACAAUUACCCACUUUAUUUUACUUUUGUAUAUAGCCUUCUUGAUUUACCCAAUACUCUUCAAUAAAACCAUUCUUCUUUU